UUUACUAUUUGUUAGUUAUAUGAAGUACUCCACCCACAAAAAGAUUCUAGAACAAGGGAAACCGCUUCUAAAACUUGGGAUUUAGGAUGUACGGUGGAUCCCUAAAAUUUGGGCGAGGCGGAGGACCACGCGGCGGAACCACCGCCGGGAAGAGAAACUCAUUCCCACCACCACCACUUCAACGUCCAUCUUCUUCCUCCGGCGGCAGAAAUUCUCUUUCAUUACGCAAACCCUCGUCAGCAACUCCUCCUCCUCCUCCUCCCGAGACUUCCGAUGAAUCGUUCAGUCUUGUCUCCGGUGAUCCUCUCUCUUUUGCUGCCAUUAUUCGUCUGGCUCCUGAUCUUAUUGAUGAGAUCAAACGUCUUGAGUCUCAAGGUGGUGCUGCUCGUAUUAAGUUUGAUUCUAACCCUACCAAUCCUUCUGCUAAUGUUAUUGAUGUGGGUGGUAAGGAAUUUCGAUUUACCUGGGCACAUGAAAUGGGUGGCCUUUGUGACAUUUAUGAAGAACGUCAGAGUGGUGAAGAUGGUAAUGGUUUACUUGUUGAAUCUGGCUCUGCAUGGCGCAAGCUGAAUGUGCAGCGUGUCUUAGACGAAUCCACUAAGAAGCAAGUGAAGAAGAGAUCGGAAGAAUAUGAGCAAAAACAAAAAUCACGCAAGGCUAUUGUCUUGGAUCAAUGCAAUCAUUCUAUGAAGAGUCAAAUGCAAGCAUUAGCUGCUGCAGAGGCCAGCCCAUGGAAGUUUAAAACAAAAAAUAAAAGAUUUUUUGAUCCAUCACAAGUCGGCAGCCAACCUAAGCAUGUGAAAUCAACUACUGGAUUUUCAGCAACUGUUAAUGCUAAAGGAAAGCAUUCAACUUCACCUCUGCCAUCACUACAAAACCAGUCUGUUUCUUUGGGAUCUUCUUCUGUAAGGGGUAAUGAUAUGGAAAGUCAAACUGUUGUGAAAUACCCUACAACUAACCAAGCAAGGGCAAAAGAAAAUACUGUUAGAUCUGAGAAUGAUCUACGGAACUCGCUAAUAACAUUGCUGAAGGAGAAUCCAAAAGGGAUGAACUUAAAGGCACUGGAAAAAGCUGUUGGAGAUAUGACAUCUAAUUCUGCCCGCAAACUUGAACCCAUCCUUAAAAAAAUUGCUACUUAUGAACCUCCUGGAAGAUACAUUUUGAAGUCAGCAGUGGAGCUGGAGAAGGUCAAGAGAUCAAAUUCUGAUAGCGGAAGUUCUCCUGAAGACCAUAAUCACAAGCAGUUUAGUCUUGAAAACAACAAUCAUGAUGAAGCACAAGCUCCAGAUUUGGAAUACAAUGGUAAACCUCUGGUUGAAAAUUUGGAAGAACAGGUGUCAAAAAUUGACGAAGAAUCAAAUAUGGUUGAAAAGUAUGAUGCCUCAAAGCAUUUCCCCGAACUUUUUGGCGAUGAUGAAGCCCCUGAGCACAGUGGAGGGCGAGCAACCAGAUCCAUUGACAGCAGUGACACUGAUACUGAUAGUGGCAGUAGUGAUAAUGACAGUGAUAGUCCUAGCCAAAGUAGAAGCAGAAGCCCUGCGAGAAGUGGGAGUGCAAGUAGCAGUGAUAGUGAUGGUGAUGAUUCUUCUGCUAACAGCAAAGAGACAUCUGAUGUGGAUGUUGAUAUUAUGAGUGAUGGUGACAAAGAACUUACAAAUUUACAAGAAAGUGGACAUGGGUUAUCUACUGCGUCUGUUCCUUGGAGUAUGCCUGAAUCUUUGGCCCAACAAGCUGGAAGAACUGGAGAUCAAGAUGGCUAUGUUUCUGAGGAUGUUGAUAUUGAUAUCAUUGAUGAUAAUGAAGCUCAACUGGUGGCCCCUCAUAAUGUUAUAACUACAGAGAAAUUGAGACCUGUUUCACCUGAUCAUGAUCGAAAUCAACCAUGUAAUGGUACGGAUGACAAUGAGCAAGUAGAUGUGGAAGAUGAAUUUCAACAUGAACGUUGCAGCUCUGUCAAGUCUAGAAGUAAGUCUAAAAGAGGAUCUGAAAGCAUACAGUUUGAGCAUGAUGCUGAUCAUGUCAAAAGAUUUAAACCAAAUGCUUCUCAGUCAGGACUUUCUAGACAUACAGCAUCGCAUACCUUGGGGAGUCCGGGUCAUAUAGGCAAUGAAGAAAAUCGCGAGAGCCAUAAUGUACAAAUGUCAAAUCAGCUCAACAGGGAUGAUGGUCUGAACGGGAAUCUACAUUCACAGAGAGCAUAUGACUUUGUUGUCCCUGGAAAAUCUGCUGCAGAAUCUCUAAAGUCAAGUCGCAGGCUUGCUGCACAUCCCUAUAAGACUGAAACUUCAGAUAAAGUUGUCAAGAAUCCUUCAAAUAUGGGGGUAGAUCCAAAACUCUUGGAGACAAAUGCUUAUACACAGGAAGGUCCUUUGAAACAGGAAGACAAGGGUUACCGAGAGGCUCAAGAUGAAGAGGAUAGUUCAAAUAAGAAAGCAAAUGGAAAGUUCGAAGAAAGUCCUCUUAUCCAGAAACCUUCAUCACGACUGGAGUCCCAUUAUAGAAAGCAUAGCGAACGAGAUAGAAAAUCUCAUUCACUGGGAAAUUUUUCACAGGAUAGGAAGUAUUCACUGAAGGAUAGUGGUAAGGCUGAUUUUGAUAGGUCUCCCGCUGACAAGAGAAGUCUCCAAAGAGAACAGUCGGACCUGGAGUUGGGUGAACUUCGUGAGACCUUUUCUGAGGAGCCAGACGGGGCUAAACGACAGUUUGAGAGAGUGGGCUCUUUCAAGAAAUCAGAGACGAAAGUAGGCUUCUCAGGUUUCCGGAGCACAGAGUCGAAAGGUAAACCUGUGAGCACGUCGAUCGUAGAUCCUGGGAACACUUCUUCACCAAAUGCUAGAGUAGCUUCUAAUAAUUUAGAUGGUUCAUUGAGAAGGAGGUCUCCAGUUUCCUAUGCAGAAGAUAAUUCUCAUCUUCAUGGGGCUAUGCAAUCUCAACAGUCUAGGAAUGGUCAUGCUGAAGUUGAGUCCCUGCCUAAGAAAGUAGUGGAUCGUAGCAGAUUGGGAAAUACUGAGGCCGUUGCUAAUCAGGGAACGGAUGCUGAAGGUUGUGGAGAGACGCAAAAAAAAUCACAUAUCAGUUCUCAACGAGAAGACUUUAGACAGGAAUUUGGUUCACACAAGGGAAAGGGAAGCAAGCCUAGGAAAUAUAACACAUCUAAAGAAGCUAAUGAGAAUAGACGGAAAGAUGUUUCAAACAUUAGGGGUCGUAAGGAAAAGCGCAAAAGGAGUGAAUCUUCAGACGAUAAUACUUCAUACUCGAAGUAUGAAAAAGAAGAGCCAGAGCUGAAAGCUCCUAUCAAAAGUUUCUCCCAGUAUGAGGAAUAUGUUCAAGAGUACCGCGAGAAGUAUGAAAGUUACUGUUCAGUUAAUAAAAUCUUGGAGAGGGACAGGAAUGAAUUUCAGAAGCUUGGAAUGGCCCUUGAUAGUGCCAAAGGUAGAGAUACAGAAAAAUACAAAGAGAUUGUGGCGCAGCUUAGAGCAAGCUAUAAACGGUGUGGAGCGCGGCAUAAGCGGCUAAAGAAAAUAUUUCUCGUGCUUCAUGAAGAGUUAAAGCAUCUCAAACAGAUGAUUUUGGAUUUUGCUGCAGACUAUAUGCGAGAUUGAGAUGCUUGGGAAUGUUUGUAAAUGAACGCCAUGACUUGCGCCUUAAAAUUUUUUAGCUGUAGAUAUGUCCAUAGAUAGAAGAUAAUGCCGAGGCGUCAAUGGAGCUCAAGGAGAUGUCGAAAUUUAUAAUGCAAUUGAGUUGUAUAUGUUUAUAUGAUUCAAUAACCAAGGUUAUUGAACAUUUUGGAGAUGAAUUCCCAUGUAGCCUUCAUUUUUAUUUGCUGCUGAAAAUAAUUGGCCGUCCAUUGCGGUUUUAUUCACGUAAUCUUGGUUCUUUUAAGUUCAAUUAUUGCCGAAUGGCUAUAUUUUUGUUAAAUAACUUGCAUAAUCAUCUUGUAAAUUAGUAAUGGGCUGAUUAUGAAGAUGAUGUUUUUCACAAUUCCAAUACUUCUAUACUUUAGAAACCUUCUUGAA